AUGGAACUAAUGAGUUCUCUGUUGUUAUGUGCACUAGUAACGCUCGUGCCGCAAGCGUUAGGUAAUAAUAGUAUUAUGUCUACGGGAAUAAAUGAGACUAGCAUUUUAAGCAAAACGCUUUCGAUGGAUAAAAAUCACAUUGUAACCAUAAAAGUACCUUCAUCAACGAACAAAAUAAGCGACCUAAAAUCUGUUUUUAUGGAUGCAACUUGCAAAAGUUGCCUUAAUUGUAUGGAACGAGCAAUCAAAUCACACAAAGUACAGAAUCAUAUCGACUUUAUUAAGAAAGAAAAUUUUCGAAAUGAAUUCGUUACUCGAAAAAUAAAUACACGCAAUAAGAGGAAAACAAACGCGAACUCACAAAGAAGAGUUGAUAAGAGAACAAAAAAAUCCAAAUCAAAAAAUAAUAAAUUAGUAACGGUUAUCAAAUAUAAUGAGAACGAAAGAAUAUUUGCUUUAAAGAUAAUAGAAACAAAUAAGCAAGUGUUAUCGGACCAACACACGAAUAAAACAACAACAUGUCAGGUGUAUAGCGUUAAAAAAUAUUAUCCAUGCGAAACGUUAGAAGCUGAUUUAAUUUUAAAUGAA